AUGAGCAAGUCGUGGGGCAUCAGCGCUGGUGCAGCUUUGUGGUUGUACAGGGCGGUCCUGCUACCGCGGCUGCUAUACGCGUCAGUCGUCUGGUGGACGAGAAUAAAUAAAGGGGAGGUAGAGAAACUACUUAGAAGCCUGCAAGGUAACUACCUAAGGGCUGCAGUAGGAACCAUGAGAACCACACCCACAGAGGCGCUUGAAAUAGCACUCAGUGUUACGCCAAUAGGCUUGGCCGUGAUAAAAUCAGCCAAUACCACGGCAUACCGCCUGAAAUGUCAGGGUGAAUGGAGAAACACAGAACUGGGACACACUAGGCUUGGUCUUCUCCAAAAGUACCCUAUUGAGGGAAUACAAGACAGAACUACAAGAAAGUAUCAACUGGUAAAACAUUUUAAAGUAUGGAUACCUGAUAGAAACGAGUGGCUGAAACCGGGCGGAAUCAUGGACACAAAGGUGGACAUGUGGUUCACGGACGGAUCAGGCAUAAACAAUUGCUUUGGAGCAGGAGUAUAUGGACCUGGGGAAAACCAUAGGGAGAGUAUUCCAAUGGGAGGCGACUGCACGGUCUUUAUGGCAGAGAUGCUCGCCAUCCUCAGAUGUGCCAAACUGAACCUAACCAAGGGAACAAAUUGCAGGAAAAUAUAUAUCUGCACAGACAGUAGGGCGGCCCUUCUGGCGUUGGCGAGUGCGACCCCUGAGUCUUGCUUGGUAUAG